AUGCCUAUGAGGACGGAUAAAAAGCUCGGCAACGUGCUGGCCCCGAGGAUCCAACCGGCGAGGAAGCCACGCUCCUAUUUGGAGCUUUAUCGUCGGAGAUUCAGUGGACCACAAUACAACGUUCGAUCCCCGGAGGGUUCCACCUUGUCGGUUUGCGGGGACAGCGAGCGAGAGCAGCUGAGUGACGACGAUACAGGUUCGCUGGCUACCCCGAGGGACGAUCAAAGCGAGCUGAGUUUUUAUCGGCGUAUAAUCGAAGGAUCUACCGAUCCUCUGGCCUCUGUUCCUCGAUCCAUCGAAACCGUACACCUACGCGAGCUCCAAGACACGAACAUCGUCUCCACUUGCCCGAACAGGGCUAAGCACGACGAGUCUGGCGAUAAAUCGAAGAAAGGUCUCGGUUACAGGCCGUACACCAUCGAAGAGUACAAGACUUUGCCGAUACCGAAGCUCGAUCGAUCUCUUGGGCCCGAUAAAGUUGAGAUGCAAGCGAAGAGAGAGUGGCUGAUGCGGCGAAGGUCAUACGGGAACUCAGUUAGCGCGCGUAAUCGCCAGCGGAUACUUCUGCUGCAAGCUCACAAGCACAAGCCGAGGGAUGCUAUCGCUGAAAAAUGCUUCCUGCCCUCUUUGAAGGAUCAGGAGGUUGAUGCAAAGAUGAAUUUUUCAUUACUACAGACUCAAAGUGAUUCGAUGCUUUCGACGAUAUCCGACGAUCGAGAGAUUACAGAGAAAAGUGGUAACGUAAAUAACGUUACAUGUUCGAAGAAAAACCGCAAUAUUCGGAAGAUACCUUCGUCGAGAAGGUCCAAGAAAUUCGAACGAACAUCGAGCUUCUGUUCGUCGUUAAACUCGCACGGCGUCAUUGAAGAUUCAUACUUGGAGUCCCUAAGGCAACGUCAUCUUUACGAGAAGGAAAUGGUGGACCGUAUUAUAAACCAAGCGCUUUGCCCUUGA